AUGGCGCGAUGGAUCGAAAAGAACGUCGGUGUAGCUGAACACCAAAGCCAAACUAUUGGCUACAUGGGCGCAAAUGAUUUGCGAUACCUAGUAGUGCUCGCUGCAGCACUCAAGGCAGGUUAUGUCCCACUGUUCAUCUCGCCGCGAAACUCCCUUGACGGCCAGAAAUCCCUCGUACAGAAAACGAACUGCGAUAUUUUCUUGACUACGGCUGAGACAGUCUCACAAGUCGAGAUUAUCCGAGAGGCAAUACCACAUCUGAAAGUUUACAAAGCACCAACUACUCAGGAGCUCCUAGAUUCGAGCCUUCCUACAUCUCAAUAUGCUGGUCGGCACAACCGCGACGUGGCAGCACAUAGCCUUAUUCUUCACACCUCAGGAUCAACGGGUCUUCCCAAACCCAUUCACUUGACUGUGGGGGGCCUCAAUUCGGCGCACGAGCAAGCAUCACUAGAACCAGAGGAUGAUUUCGAGCAAGUCUGCAAGCCAUUCCUCGCGGACAGGGGGCCGAUGCUUGCAGCUGUACCUUUCUUUCAUGCUAUGGGCAUCAUUGUUGGGCUCCGAUCGCUCAUGUGCAAGGGCACGAUUGUCAGACUGCCUUCAGAAAAGAUGUUGAGUGGUGGCUUGGUUGUUGAUGCGAUCAAAGCUAUCAGCCCAACUUCGGGUAUUUUUCCGCCAUCAAUUCUUGAAGAUAUCUCUGCAACCGACAAGGGCAUUGAAGCACUCGGAAACCUGAAGACGGUAUUCUUUGGCGGUGCACCUCUGGCUACCGCAAGUGGCGACAAGAUCUGUCAAGUAACACAGCUUGUGACAGUCAUCGGUAGCACCGAAGCCUUGCUCAUGUGCACUCUUCUACCAUCAACGCCGGAAGAGUGGGGCUACUUCCACUGGAGCUCUGUCGCCGGUGCUGCGAUGGAGUCUGCAGAGAACGGUUUAUUUGAACUUGUUCUCAAGCCUAAGGAUAUCAAGUACCAAGCUAUCUUUCAUACGUUCCCGGAUAUUCAGGAAUGGCGAACCAAGGACUUGUUCAGACAACACCCCUCCAAGCCUUUUCUCUGGAAGUACAGCGGUCGACGGGAUGACAUUAUUGUGUUGAGCAAUGGCGAGAAGUUCAAUCCAGUCGUAACGGAGAAGCUGAUCGAGUCACAUCCUUGGGUCAAAGGUGCUCUUGUCGUGGGCCAGGGCAAGUUUCAAGCUGGCCUGCUGAUUGAACCUGAGUGGAGUCAGGUUGGCAACAUGGAUUUUUCCGCAUUGGUUGAUCACAUUUGGCCAAUGGUGGACCAAGCGAAUCAGGAGGCACCUUCUCACGCAAGAAUCUACCAGACGAAAGUUGCAAUUGCCAAAAGGGAAAAGCCAUUCGUUCGCGCCGCCAAAGGAUCAAUUAUCCGUCUCCAGACUGUUGCGUCGUUCAAGGACGAGAUCGAGGCGGUGUACGCCGAUGAAGGAUACGCCAGUGAUUCGAACCAAGACUUUGACGAGGAUAUUGGAAUGACGAGCAAGAUCCAUGAUGUUUUUGUCCGCUCGCUUUCAUCGUUCCAGGAGGAGACGGGGAAUGACAUUGACAUUUUCACCUUGGGUGUUGAUUCACUCGAUGUCUUGGCCCUGACCAACGCGCUCAAUAAGGUUGUGCGCGGAGCAAAUGCCACUGCUUCAACAAUCUACAGUAAUCCUACCGUCAAGCAGCUAUCUGAGGCCUUGUAUCAGAGUGUGACCAAGUCAAAUGGACAGCCCGCUGCCUCAAUAACUCGAGUGGAGAAGCUGGGUGCCAUGGUGAGGAAGUACACAAAAGACAUGGUACGACAGAGGGGCACGAUGAAGACACCGAAAAAUCCAUCAAAACAUACGAUAGUACUCACAGGCUCCACAGGUAGCCUUGGAAGCCAUAUUCUAGAGCAGCUGCUCAAGAAUCCAGAUGUCGAAAAGGUGUACUGCAUGAACCGUUCUGACAAUGCAGAGGUCCGCCAGAAGGACUCCUUCAAGAGAUAUCACAACCAAUCAGUCGCCUUCAGCAAGGCAGAAUUCCUCAAGACUGAUUUUGGUUCAGGCAACUUCGGCCUUUCCGACAUUAUGUACUCACACCUCCGCUCGACCGUCACAGUGUUCAUACAUUCUGCAUGGUCCGUCGACUUCAACCUCUCGCUCGAAUCAUACGAAGCAACACACGUAGCCGGCACCCGACGCGCCAUUGACUUCGCGUCCAAGUCUGUUCACAAACCUUCCGUCAUCUUCAUUUCAUCGAUUGCCAGCGUUGGAAACUGGGGCAGUGUUGCACAAGAUGGAUCUGCAGUACCCGAAUCAGCGACCACACUGUUCGACAGCUCGAUCACGCUCCCACAGGGCUACGGCGAAUCCAAACACGUUGCUGCUGAAAUCCUCGCGACCGCCUCUCACCGCCUCGGCAUCAGAACUGCGAUCGUACGCGCAGGCCAGCUCGCGGGACCGAGUACGCAGACCGGCGGCGCUGCGUGGAACAGACACGAGUGGCUACCGACUUUAGUUCACACGAGCAAGAUCCUGAAAAAGCUGCCUAGAACUCUAGGAAACAUGGAGAGAGUGGACUGGGUGCCCAUGGAUGUCGCGGCUGGGGCCGUGAUUGAUAUCGCCACAGCACCAUUGGACGAGUCUGCACGAGUGUACCACCUAGCCAACCCGCACACGACUACUUGGAGUCAGCUCUAUCCUGUUAUCCAGAGUUUCUACAGAGGCGUCGGAGAUGACAUCGAGAUUGUAGAGUACAAUGACUGGGUCAAUGAGCUAAAACAGUUUCCCCAGACGAAGGAAAACGCUGAGCGCAUCCCAGGGCUUAAGCUGCUCGAUUUCUACGAGAGUUUGAGGCCAGAGACAGGAAUGGGGUUGCCGGCUUUAGAAACAAGGAGGGCUGAAGCUGCCAGUAAGACUUUAAGGGAGGGGAAGGCGGUAGAUGAGAGUGUUAUGAGGAAAUGGCUGGAGCAGUGGGCAUUCUAA